AUGGCGUUUCUUUUUAAGCGAAACCCCAAAACACCUGCUGAACUUGUUCAUGCAUUAGGCGAGCAAUUGGGGAAGUUAGAUUCACCAGGUGACCGCAGAAAAGCGAGAGAGGAAGUAAGUCGGUAUUUGGAUAAUAUUAGAAAUAUCAUCGAAUCUUCACCUGAUUUAAAGGAAAUCAAAGGGCCAGAGAUCAUCGUAUCAAGUUCAUCGCAUUCGACUAUAGAUCAGAUUUCAGAACUUGCGCAGGAAGUAUACUCUACGGACGUAUUAUAUCUUCUUUUAAGCAAGCUAUCGAAUAUUGAAUUUGAUGCUAGGAAGAAUGUGAUUGCAUUGUUUAGCAGUUUGCUUAGAAGAAGAAUAGGUGAGCACAGUCCAACCAUUGACUACCUUACUAGUCGGCCGCAAAUUAUUGGACUCCUAUUGGAAGGUCCCAAUAUUUCUGAGGUCAGCUUGAAUAUGGGGAGUAUGCUUCGAGAAGCUUUAAGAUAUGAACAAAUUAGUUGUCUGUGUCUGAGCAGCCCACAAAUAUGGAAAUAUUUUGGAUACUGUAGAUCCGAUUCUUUUGAAAAAUCUACGGAGGCCUUCUCGACACUUUCCAUGAUAUUAACAACACACAGAAAGCCAGCUUCUGAUUUUAUACAAGUGAACAUGGAACGCUUCAUCAAUGAGAUUAAUAAACUUAUAGUUUAUCCAAAUUAUGUUACCAAAAGAGAAUCCAUUAAACUUUUAAGUCAACUUAUACUCACAAAGACCAAUUAUAAUCUGAUGACGACAUACGUAAAUUCACCGCAUAAUUUGAAGCUGAUAAUGAUAUUACUUGGCGAUAAAUCUCGUAAUAUCCAACUGGAGGCAUUCGAUGUUUUCAAAGUAUUUGUGGCCAAUCCCCGUAAGAACAGGGCUACACGGGAUAUACUUAUCAAAAACAGGGAUCGCCUUUUGUCAUUUCUUGGGGACUUUCAUACUGAUAAUUCAAAAUAUGAUGAUACAUUUGUGGCUGAGAAGACAUUUGUGUUGGAUCAAAUUAGAAGACUGCCAAGAAUACGGCCAAAGAUAUAUCAAGCGACUAGAAACACGAUUGAAGGUAACGGAGUUAUUCAAAAUGAAGUUCGUAACAAUAACAAUAGAACAUCCAUGGAGACAACCUUUUCUGCCGAAAGCGUGUUUGAGGGAAAGCUGGAACCUCUGAAAAAGUUGCAUCCAAGCUUUCUGGUGGACAAUGAAAAUAAUUUAAACGAACAAACUCAUCAUGAACAAAAUAUAUACACCGAGAAUGAAGAGGGGGAGUUACGAGGUUCAGUAUAUUUGGAUCCUAAGCGCUCUGCCAAGAACGUUUAUACAAAUGCGAGGCACGCACUUUCAUCGACUGUUUCACCAUCGCUCAAAAAUACUUCAGUAUCACCUUUGAUUCAAAAGCCUCUAGAUGAUCCAAAGCAGACGCCACUUUCAUCUUCCUCACCCUCUGUGGAACAGCUAUGA